UCUGGCAAUGAAUCAGUUCCAUGUGAAGGACAGAAUGGCUCGUCAACAGUUCUACUACCUUCAUCUCAUGGAGCCACAAACCGCUGACAAGACCAGCCCAAAAGGGUCUGAUCCAUCAUCGCCGCUGGAGUUUAUCGUCAAUCUGGGCAAACUGGAUCUCAUCAUGCACCCUGUAGUGCUCAAACUCAUCACUGUCAAGUGGAACCUGUAUGGCAGAAUGGGUGCAUGGAUACUCCUGCUUCUAAACUUUCUGUUUAUCGUCUCUUGGACAACAGUAGCCAUAUCUGUGUCUGUGCGUCCAGAUGGAGAUCGCUACGAUCUUCCUGGAGACUGGUGGCGUGUGCUGCUGGUUGUUUUGGCACUUGUGUUGACAGUGACUGAGGUGUACAGGGAAGUGAUGGAGAUUGUGCGAUCUCGAAGAAAACUAAAGCAUUGGCAGCGCUGGACUGUGCAGAAAAUCAACGAGGACCUGAGCUGCUCUCACCCCAUGUGGCCUGAGGAACGCAAUUACUUAGAAGGCCAAAUUAAGUAUAUCCGAAAUAUGAAAGGAACCUACGCUCAAGACCUCUGGAAUAUCUUUGAUUGGCUAGUGUAUUUGCUGUUGCUGGCGGUUCUGGGCAUCCACUUGGCUGACAUAUUCCUGGUGUCUGAUUUGCUUCGCCUAAACAGUCUUCGACUCUUCGCGGUGUCCAUUAUUUUCCUGUGGUUAAGGCUGAUGAAGCAUGUUCGAGCUUUUAGGGCGAUGGGUCCCUUCAUUGUGAUGCUGGGGAAGAUUGCAGGAGAUGUGCUGCGUUUCCUCUUUCUCUAUAUAGAGAUCUACGUUCCAUUUGCCUGCGCUUUCUGGAUCAUUUUUGGAGGUCUGGAAGAUGUCCCGAGCAUGGAGACAGUUCCCCGGCUGCUCUAUAGCCUGUACCGAAUCACCCUGGUGGACGAUUAUGAGUUUGAUGAAAUGCUGGAGGUGGACACGGUGAUGGCCUACCUGCUCUGUGGAACCUUUCUGGCCCUGUCCGCUAUCCUCUGUGUUAACCUACUGAUCGCAUUGCUCUCUGACACCUUCCAGAGGGUCUAUGACAAUGCACUCGCCAAUGCGGUUAUGCAGCAAGCAGCCAUCAUCCUCCAAAUAGAAGAAUCCAUGCCUUGCCUGAGGCGCUGUUAUGAUAAAGAACACAUCCACCGCAACUGCGCCCCGCUUGGAGAGUUCUACGAUGACGAUGUCACCAUUAACCCAGAAAAACACGCCGAGAUGAAGAAGCUUACAGAACAGAUCAAGGAUACUUUAGAUAGACAUCUGGACAUCCAAAGAGAGAUGAUCUCACCUCAGUUUGCAUUUGCUGGCCCCAGAGAUGUCACAAGAAAGAGAAAUGCCAGUCAUCCAGAGAAAGAAGCACAUCUUAAAACUCUUUCCAGACUUGAGAAAGACCAGCAGAAGUACAGUCAAGACCUGAGCGAGCUGAAGGCUGAAGUCAAGGAGCUCCACAGUUUACUGCUCAAGCUAACGUCAGUUACUGAUGAUCAUGAUGAUGACAAGAAACUCUCAGUGAGAGCAUAACCUAAAGGGGACGUCCAAACUUCUGAAAAUGAUUAGUAAGCUAUAGAAAUCCAGCAAGAAUGCAUCGUUUGGAAUAGACUUUUUGUGCUGCAAAUCAUACAUGAUUUUGUGAUAUACAAAUAUUGUAAUAUUAUUAAUAAUUUAUUUAACAGUGGUGGCCAAAUGUAUUAGAACAUUAGUAUUUUCCUGCUAAAAUUGGUUUUAGGUUAGUUAUUUCUUUAUUUUGCUGUAGUAUUUCCAAGUGUUAUUUUUGCUAUUGUAAUCAUUUGUAUUGUAUACAAGAAACUUGUCUGCAAGGAUAACUGAAAAAUUAUGAGCAAGUGUAUCUUGGACAAAGGCAGUU